CCUGCUCAAAAAUAGACCUGUCUAUUAGCCGUAGCAGCUAGCUUCCUCGGCAGCUCUCCAUAUUCCGCGCUUCGGUUGCCACGGUGAUUAGUGGCUAUAACAAUAACAAUGAAUUCCGCCACACCAGACGACUGUCGACGUUUUUGCACUGAGGUCGAUUUCCCUCACCGCAGUCGACCAGUCAGCUAACCUUUAGGCUACCGCCGCUCGGUGCUGCUGCACCGUGGGUCCAGCACAUUAGCAUAACACCAGCGCUCUCAGACAGGUAAACACGGACGACGCGGGCGGCUGGAAACUGGGCGGCUCCACGGCUUGUUUGCGUUAGACCAACACCAGUCAUCGGCCGCAUACGCUAAAGCUAGACUUUCCCACACCGUGGCCAUGGCCUGUAGUUUGCUAAACACGGAUGAGGCGUCUCCGGCGCCUCUGACCGACCUGUGCCUGACCUACGUGAGCCAAAACCUGGAGUGUUUCUGUGUGAAGCGUCCCGAUGGUUCCCUGUGCUUCAGGGAGGCUGUGCUGUUCCCACAGGAGCUGGCAGACCAGAUGUUGGCCAAGAUGGCCACUGAAGGCCUGUUAAAUGACAGCACGGUGGGAGUAUUUCGGAGCUGUGAAUACCUGCGGCUGAGACGAGCCUGCGUUCGCACAGCGCGUAUCUCAGCAGAGGCCUUCCAGAAAGCCCUCUGUCCUCACAGGCUGUUGGAGCUGGACGCUGCCAGGGUCAAUGCUGACCUCACUAUUCCUGAUAUUCUACAGGGACUGGCCACCAACAAGUAUUGCCAGGAGUCCCUCCAGCGGCUCGUGUUAACAGGUCUCACCAUGUCCUCUCUGGAGGAACCAAUCCGGUAUCGCUUCAGGUCUCUUCAGGGCCUCCGAUCCCUCUCCCUGGCCAAUAUAGACUUCUACGACUCUGGAUUAGUUGACGUGUGUUCCCUUCCUCGUCUGGAGAGCCUCGACCUGUCCAACACCUCCAUCACCAACCUCAGUCCACUGCUGGGCCUGAAGGAGCGGCUGCGCUCACUGACGCUGCACCAGCUGAAGCGGCUGGAGAUGAGCACCGCUCAGCUGCUGGGAGUCAUAGGCCAGUUGGACGUGUUACAGCACCUGGACAUCAGUGACGAUAAGCAGUUUACCUCUGACGUGGCUCGUCAGUUGCUUGGACAGCCGGGGAUCCUGCCUGCUCUGGUGUCCCUCGAUGUUUCAGGGAGGAAACAGGUCACAGAUGCAGCUGUUAAAGUAUUUGUCGAGGACCGACCAGGGAUGACCUUUGUUGGACUUCUGGCCACAGAUGCAGGUUUUUCUGACUUCCUCUCUGGAGAAGGAAACCUAAAGGUAACAGGAGAAGCCAACGAGACCCAGAUCUGCGAGGCACUGCGUCGCUACAGUGAAAGGGAAGGCUUUGUGAGAGAAGCUCUGUUUCAUCUGUUCAGUCUGACACAUGUCAUGGAAAAACCGCGGCCCGACAUCCUCAAGCUAGUAGUGAUGGGUAUGAAGAAUCACCCGGCCACCCUGAAUGUCCAGCUGGCAGCCAGUGCCUGUGUGUUCAACCUGACGAAGCAGGACCUGGCAGCCGGGAUGCCAGUCCGCCUGCUGAGCACGGUCACUCAGCUCCUACUGGAGGCCAUGCGGACGUUCCCAAACCACCAGCAGCUGCAGAAAAACUGCUUGCUGUCUCUGUGCAGUGAUCGCAUUUUACAGGAGGUUCCAUUCAACAGGUUUGAAGCAGCCAAACUAGUGAUGCAGUGGCUCUGCAACCACGAAGACCAGAACAUGCAGAGGAUGGCUGUGGCCAUCAUCUCCAUACUGGCUGCUAAACUGUCCACAGAGCAGACAGCCCAGCUGGGAGCAGAGCUCUUCAUAGUCAAACAACUGCUCCACAUCGUGCGUCAGAAGGCAACUCAGGGUGUAGUGGACGCCACGCUCAAAUUCACACUGAGCGCACUUUGGAACCUCACCGAUGAGUCGCCAACGACAUGCCGCCAUUUUAUCGAGAACCAGGGCUUGGACCUGUUCAUUAAAGUUCUAGAGUCCUUCCCCAACGAGUCUUCUAUUCAGCAGAAGGUUCUUGGUCUGCUGAACAACAUAGCAGAGGUGGGGGAGCUGCAUGGAGAGCUGAUGGUGCAGGGAUUCCUGGACCACAUCAGCCAGCUGCUGCACAGCCCUGAAGUGGAGGUCAGCUACUUUGCUGCAGGCAUCCUCGCGCAUCUGACGUCAAGAGGAGAGGACGCCUGGACACUCAGCCCUGACCUUCGAUCCUCACUGCUAGAGCAACUGCAUGCUGUCAUUAUGAAGUGGCCCCCGCCAGAGUGUGAGAUGGUGGCGUACAGGUCAUUUAACCCCUUCUUCCCCCUACUUGAGUGCUUUCACACACCUGGAGUCCAGCUGUGGGCCGCAUGGGCCAUGCAGCACGUCUGCAGCAAGAAUGCCGCUCGAUACUGCAGCAUGCUGCUGGAGGAGGGCGGCCUCCAGCAACUCGAGCACGUUCACACACACCCGCAGACCCACAAGGACGUCAAGCUGUUGGCCGAGAGCAUCCUGGAGAGCCUGCAGCGCCACAGGGCCCGCACCGGCCAGCCUGCACACGCUCACCCGAGCCGCCGCCCGCCACCGCAGCAACCUCACUGAG